AUGGGUGAUAAAGGAGAUAUGAUGAAACAGUCUUCUUCUUUUAAAGAACCACAACCACAGGAGGAGCUCCACCACCAAUAUCAGCUGCAACGCCACCAAAAACAGCAGCACCGGGAGUUUUGUGUUCCGGUGCCGCCGGCUUCCGCCAACAUUCCAUCUCCAUACACCCCCAAAACCCUAGCCCACAGAGAAGAGGCAGAGCGGUGUGAGCCAAGCCCUAAGAGACCGAGAUAUCCCGUCCAUCAGUGGAAACUCAUCCCUGCGACCAUGGCCGCACCCGCUUCCACACAACAGCAAGUCGUGGGUUACAGCACCAGCGGCUCCAGUCCACAAGCUCAUGUCUCAGCAGUGGCGGGCUCGUCUUCGCCCGCCCCCUCCUCCCCUUCAUCCUCACCUCGACCCUCUUUCUCUGCGGGCUCUGGUCAAGAUCAAGCAAAGCCCACACAAUUUCUUCAGAUUCGAAAAGGGAAGUUUGUGAGCCCUGUUUGGAAGCCAAACGAAAUGCUGUGGCUGGCUAGAGCAUGGCGUCAACAAUAUUGCGGGGGCGACACAUCGGAAGUUAGUGGGUCUUCUGCAAGAGCAAAGACGAGGGCGGAGAAGGAUAAGCAGGUGGCGGAGUUUUUGAGCAGGCAUGGAGUAAACCGCGACGCCAAGACAUCGGGGACAAAGUGGGAUAACAUGUUGGGUGAGUUCAGGAAGGUGUACGAGUGGGAGAAAGGAGGGGAGAACGAGAAGGUGGGGAAGAGUUACUUCAGGCUGUCACCUUACGAAAGGAAGAUGCACAGGUUGCCUGCUUCCUUCGAUGAGGAUGUGUUCGAGGAGAUGGCGCAGUUCAUGGCGGCGAGAGGUAGGGGAUUGCCUGCCUGUAAAGCUUCCACCGGUGAGGGUGGUGGUGCUAGAGAUCAGCAGCUUCUCCGACCUACAGAAAUGGUUAGGAAUUCCGACGAAGGCGAGUCACCUGUAUCAAAGCAGCGAGCUAUUUUGGCCAGGAACCAGACCGGUCUCAUUGCGGGAACGACCCAGAGCAGCGCAAUGGAAGAGGCCGGGUGCCGAGAAAUGAGGCGAGUGGGGAAGAUGAGGAUGUUAUGGGAAGAGUCUGUGACACUCUGGGCGGAGGAAGGAGAGCAAGAAGGGAGGGGGCGGAUAAAGAUGGACAACUUGGGCUUCUUGAACGUCAACCAGCUUACCUUCUUCGACGACACCAUGGCCGCGAACUCCAUGGAGGGCCUCGACGACGGCCCGCUCAGUGGCUUUUCAGCGGACACUUUCGCCUGUGACCAGCAACUCAGGGUUUUUGGCCGCCGAAACUCUUCCGCCGGCGAUGCAAAGGUUGAGGCCCCUGACCGCAGCGAGUACUUUGUGGGGCGUCUCAGGGUCCCUCCCCAAAGCCUUCCCACGCUGUUGGAGCUCCCAUGGCACCUGCAGGAGCCACCACCGCACCACUCUCGCAUUCCCCUUGCCAGGGACGUCUUUGCCGAUCUGCCCUCUCCUUCAAGACACUUCUUCUUUGCCCCCUCUUCCGACUGCAAUUGCCGUUCUUUCACUUAUGAAGUUCUCGGCCCCCUCGUUCGUCCCCACAUUGACCCCCUCACCCGCGACUCCUUCAUCCCGAUCUGGGACGACUGUAUCAACCGCCCCAUCUCAAAACUCUGCCCUUUCCCUAUCACCAUUGUUAGAAAGCCUGUCUCAGAAUCCUCCUCUUGUACGGACUCGUGGCCCAACCUCACGGCCUUUGUCAAGAACCUCUGCCUCUGGCGCGGUGAGGAAACCGAUUGCCUCAGGGAAGGCACUGCCGAUCCAUCUUCGUCUAUCGUGGACAAGAGCUCCUGGACCUUCGGUGAUCUCCCUUACAUUCUUGGCUACCAUGCUGUUGGGUACACAGUCACCUUCUGCGCAUUCAGCAGGGUGCAGGAUAGGAUAGCACGAACCGACCUUGUUUCCAUUGAUCUGUCCAAUCCAGCUGAGCGGCUUAGGGCUCUCGUCGCCUGCUGGCGAGUUGCUGGGAUCCUAGCGCUGCUUGCGGAUGCAUGCGGCACCAGCAGCAGUACUAGUGUGUACAGCGACUUCGAGCGUGUGGACCGUGGAAAUGGCAAAGUGGUGGAGCUCACCCCAAACCGAGUGAAGAAGUAUUUCACGAGCCGCCGGUGGUGGGCAUCCGUGAGGGAGGUUUACAACUUACUAGACCGCCAGUUGCCGCAUGCGGAGUACAUGGUUGAUUCGAGCGAGCGUGAGCUGGCAGUCAUCUUCGAGCCACGGGGUCACUCAGUGAGGCCGAGCAAUGGAAAGCAGCUCAUGGAGGCACUGGCAUGCGUGGCGAAGGCCCUAGUGGCGCUGCACGACCUGUCAUUUAUGCACAGAAGCCUUGGCUGGGAGAGCGUGGUGAAGAGGGCUGACGGGGACGAGUGGUUUGUGGUGUACCUCGAUGAGGCGGCAGCAGCGCCGCAGAUGUACCGGCAUGGCGAAGUGGGUUCAACUGGGCGUGCUCCUGAGAUGGGUUGCGGAGCCCACGGGGUAAAGGUAGACAUUUGGGGGUUUGGGAAUCUCCUAAGGACGUGUGGGUUUGCUGUGUCCCAUGUCCUCAAGGAGCUGGAAACCAGGUGCCUCGAUCGGAACCCGGAGCAGCGACCUACGGCUGCCGACUGUUACCACCAAUUGCUCCAGAUACAGUCUUCUCUUUCCACUUACUGA